AUGGCCUCAGAACAAAAAAAUAAAGAAUCGAACGAGGCCGUUAAGGACCUUUCCCAUAAUGUCGCUAGAAAAACAGCGCCCAUUAUCAGAAACGAGUCCAAGGAUGAUUACUUAGUAGGGAAAACCGAAGAAAAUGUUCAAUAUAUGAAGAGGUCAAAAACGGACCCGGAAUUGGAUUUUAUAAAGGUAGUGAAGCAAGAAGAAGAGGGAGCUGGAAUAUGUUAUCAGUUUUACGGAGAAAAGGAGUUACCGACACUAGAAUACAACUACCACGACUUCAGCCACUCAACAUGGCACGAUUUCAAGAAGAUGAAGAAGCCGAUUCCAGCGGAGGAGGAGGAAAAGCCGUGCGAUGACAUCAGAAUACUGCUGCCGCUACACUCAACCUUCAUGUACAGCCUGAAGCACUGCGUGUCAGGAAUCGCCUCAGGCUGGGGGUUCAAGAAUAAGCCGAGGAAGAACUUCUCGUACUACCUGAACGAACUGCUCAACGGAAUCCUGUGCGGAAUAACAAUGCUCCCGGAGGUCAUCAGCUUCUCAUUCAUCGCAGGAAUCCCGAUACACGUGGCGCUGCACGGAAGCUGGAUCCUGUGCCUGUGCGCGACGCUCCUGGGAGGCUCGCCGGGAAUCGUGACAGGAGUGAGCGGAGCGUUCGCAGCAGUGGCAGGCACUUACGCACUAAACCCGGAAAACGGAACGUACACGCAGGCAGACUACGACAUGUGCCUGACGAGAAUGCUGGUGGCAGUGAUGAUAGCGAGCGCAAUACUGCUGGUCUUCUCGCUGGUGCACGUGGCGAGCGUGAGCCAGUUCCUGUCGACGAGCGUGAUCAUAGGCUACAGCAACGGCCUGGCAAUCAUCAUCGCGAAGGCGCAGCUGCACGGCUUCCACGACUUCGAUACGGGGAAGUACCUGAAGGGGCAGGACCUGUACAUCUCGAUCCUGUACUGCCUAAUAGCGUUCGCAAUCACGCAGUUCUCGCACCACAUCCCGAAGAUAGGAAAGUACAUCCCCGCUGCGCUGAUGGGCAUCCUGGUGGUGAUCCUGAUACACUACUCGAUCGUGGCGCAGCUGCUGCCGGAGGUGAAGAUAUCGACAGUGGGCAGCGUGGCGCAGCUGAGCUCGAGCACGUCAUUCCCGUCGGUCCUCUUCGUCAAGUACACGGACUCCCUGAGGAACCUGAAGUUCGACCUGGCGCUGGUGAAGCAGGCGCUGGUGUUCACGGCGAGCAUCAUGAUCGAGAUGCUGAUUAUCGCAGACAUUGUGAAGACGCUGGGAGCAAAGGAACCGAACUCGAACCAGCAGCUCUUCGGCCUGGGAGUGGGCAACAUGCUGAGCUCAAUGCUGGGAAGCAUGGGAGGAAGCUCCAUGGUGGGCAUCACGAUCAUGAACCUGAACAGCGGCUCCAAGGGCAAGGAGUCGAACCUGACGACGGGGCUCUUCGUGUUCGUGAUGCUGGCGGGAGGAUACCCGAUCCUGAACUACAUCCCGAUACCCUCGCUCUGCGGAAUCAUGCUCAGCGUCUCAUUCCACUGCUUCAAGUGGUUCAGCAUACCGAUGGUGGUCUUCAGCGCGUUCCCGCAGAGCGUGCGGAACCUGCACCCGAGAAUGAAGAUGAAAAUCUCGCGCUACGACGCGUUCAUCAUACUCGUGGUGACGAUCAUGUGCGUGCUCUGGGUGGUUCCGCUGGCAGUCUUCUUCGGCAUCGUCUUCGCAGCCUUCUCCUACGUCUGGGAAAGCAAGUCGAAAUUCAAGGUGGAGAUCUACUACGACAAGGAGGCGAACAUCAAGUACUACGAAGUCGAGGGCAACAUCUUCUACGCGAGCAAGAGGAUGCUGACGAGGUGCUUCAAGCCCGAGGAGGACCCGGAAACCACAGUGAUGGUGCUGCUGGCCUCGACGAGCCUGUUCGACUACACGGCAAUCGAGGCGCUGAACUCGCUUAAGGCGCUGUACAACUCGCACAACAAGUGCCUGCUGAUCAAGGGACUGAGCUACGGAUGCAUCAAGAAGGUCGCGAAGAUGAAUAGGCUGUGCAGGCUGAUGGAGCACGACCUGGUGGGAUUCACGCCGCCAACGCUCCCGACGCUGUACACACCGUUUUUUGAGAUGAAAUCAAGCCAGUGA